AUGCAACUUGUAAAUUUCAAGGAAGAAGAUAAUUUGCCAAGUGCUCUACAAUCUGGGCGUGCUUCUAGAACUAUGCUCACUGAAUAUUUUGCAACGAACAAGGAAAACACAUCUGCUAGGCAAUGGGUAUACUUUGAAUUCCCUGAAAAUUAUGUUUGGAAUGUUCAAGAUCGAUAUUGGAAACCACGUCAAAGAAGUGGAACAAUUGGAAGAAUUGUAUCGGCCAACCCUUCGGAAGGAGAACGAUACUUCCUACGUAUACUUAUAACACACAUAAGAGGAGGUACAAGUUUCAUAAACUUGUAUACUAUAGAUGGGCAAAUAUGCUCCUCAUUCAAAGAAGCUGCUGGAAAACGAUGCUUGCUUGAGAAAGACAAUGCUACUGAAGAAUGCCGUGUAGAAGCAAGUGUUUUCUAA